UGGAAAGAGUCCGUUGAUCUCGUCCCGUCCCUGCAGUAAGAUUUGGUAGGGUGUUUAUAUCGUUAAGAUUUCUGUCUAUUUAAUUUUGUUUUUAGGCAUUGUUUUUUUAUUUGAUCCGAUAUUUCUCCGAAGCAUGAGUGACAACGAUGACAUCGAGGUCGACAGUGACGAAGAAUCACCGAGAUUUCACUCUGUGGCAGACAAACGGGCACAUCACAAUGCACUGGAGCGUAAACGUAGGGACCACAUCAAAGACAGCUUCCACAGUCUACGGGACUCUGUGCCUGCACUGCAAGGGGAGAAGCAAUCUAUCAAACAGGCCUCCCGUGCUCAAAUCCUAGACAAAGCCACAGAGUACAUCCAGUACAUGAGACGGAAAAACCACACGCACCAGCAGGACAUCGACGACCUGAAGAGACAGAACGCUCUACUAGAGCAGCAAGUUCGUGCCUUGGAGAAGGUGAAGGGAAGCACGCAGCUCCAGGCCUCUUACUCUUCCCCCGACAGCAGCUUGUACACCAACCCCAAAGGCAGUGCUGUGUCUGCCUUCGACGGGGGGUCUGACUCCAGCUCCGAGUCUGAGCCAGAGGAGCCUCCCAACAGAAAAAAGCUACGGGUGGAGUCCAGCUAGGCCCGCCCCCCCGCCUUCCCACCCCUGUCCCGGUGCUGUCUCAACCCCCCACCGCCUGCUGUGUGCUUCAACUAGAGACUCCGCCCUCCCUCCUGUCUUUUCCUUCCCUCCAUGCUAGCCCAGGAGAGAGGGAAACCAGCAAGAAGGAAGAAGAACCAUAACAAUGUUACCCCUGCUUUUCCUUUCUCUCUCUCCCUCUCCUCCUGCUUUCUCUGAUUUCCCAGCAUUCACAUGUCAGCAAUGACAACUAUCCAAAAAUCCAAAUAUGGCAGCUUCGCUAUUAAAGGACUCAGUGCUUUUGUACCCCCCCCCCCCACCCUGCUUCCCAGUCAUAUGGAUGGCAUACAUACAAGUACUGCAAGAUCAAAACAGUGGUGAGGUCUUUCCUCAGAUCAGUAAGAGCCUGUUGAAAGAGAGCUUUACUCACCUACCUUAGAAAAUCUGUCCUGAUACGUAGUUUACCUUUUUAAUAUUUAUACUUUUUCCACAAAAGAAUGUGAAGUUACUUUGAAACAAAUGUAAAUGUAUAAGCAACCCACCUCAGGCCCAAAAUGUGGCUGAGGUUUUCCACUGAAUUUGUUUCAAAUAAAAAUCCCUAUACUGAAGGUGAUGUAUUGAAAGAAUUUGCAGACCUCUAUUGUACUUUGUCAUUUAGCUUGAUCUAGUGAAUGGAGUUAGGUGGCUCAACAGUUUAGGCUUCUGAUAUGAUAUUUUCACAGGUUCUCCAUGAUGUUUUGUACAUUGCAUUAUUCUCAUAGCCAGUGGGAAUAGACUAAUAUGCUAUAUUUAGUUUCCCAACACAUGAAAUAGAUACUGAAUGUUAUAUCAAUACAACUGAAGGUAGUUACCUUUAUUUUAUUUUUUUCAUUAAAGGAGGAAGAAUUGUCCAUGUCAGUGUUUUGUGCAUUACACUGUAAACUUAAAUGUUGCCGAUUUAAAUUCUAGAAGAAGACUCCCCACGAAGCAUUUUGCCUUUCUGGGGGAUGUGUGUAUGUGUAUCGCUUUUCCCUUUUUUUUUUUUCUUUAUUUGGACAAGAUUAGUGUGUACGGAGUAGAUCUUUGUUUGUCUGAUUCCAUUCCAUGGAAGUUACAGGUAUGUUGUACAUACUGCCAACAAUUGUCUUGCAAGU